UGCUGCUGGGGUUCUGGUUCUGGUUCUGGUCCGGACUGGUUCUACCGGGUCACCGCUGUCUGCUGCCAGGGAGCAGAGGGAACAGGCUGUGAGGACGGACUGACCUGUUGGUUCUGGAGGAUUAAAGCCAGGUAGGGAGUGAUGCAGCAGAAGGUGUGCUCCAGAGGUUCUGGUUCCUUCCUGUUGGAGAUGAACGGCCAGGUGUGCAGCGCCGUCGCCGACCUCCCGUUCCGGUGCCCCCGAUGUGGCGAGCGCGAGCGUUUCCGCAGCCUGGGCUCGCUGCGAUCGCACCUGGAGUACCGUCACGCCUACAACUGUCCGGACAUCGUCCCCGGAGACUUCAGCAUCACAGGGAAACACCCCGACCCGCUGACCGCUGCCUUCCCCUGGCAGGACGCCAGCCUCCCGGCCCCCAGGGGGCAGCACGGCGGCGCGCGGCCGCCGCACAUCCGCUCCCUGAGCGACAGCAGAGACGGCGGAGGCCUCCAGUCCUACGGCGCUGUGAGGAGGCGCACCCAGAGUGUGGGGGUGGGCACCCAGGCAGAGGAGGAGGAGGAGGGAGAGGAGGAUGAAGAGUCAGGAGAAGAAGAAGAAGAUGAAGAGGAGGAGGAGGAUGGCGACGAAGCAGAUGACAGCAGAGAUGUUAAAAGGUCAGACCCAAGCCACCUCCAUCACCCUGCAGCGGUCCCUGCAGAUUCCCUGGGGCCCCCUCUGGACCUGGACUCAGAACCGGACCUGGACCUCGUUGCGCAGGGCUCCUACUCGGGCCUGGAGACGGCGGCGGCCUCGGCGGCAGUGCGCCGGCGGCUGGCCAGCAUCCUGCGGGCGGCCGACGGCACAAUGCAGCGCCGGCUGGCCCGGGUGAGUACGGAGCUGGCUCGGACCGACACAGAGCUGCUGUGCGAGCGCGCCCACUCGCAGCACCUGGCCCAGGAGCGGCAGGAAGUGGCUGACAGGGAGCGCUCACUGAGCCGGCAGGUGGACGUGGCCGUCAUGGUGAUCGCCGCGCUGAGGGAGCAGCUCAACGCCUCUGAGAACGAGCUGGAGCGCCGGGAGAGGGAGGUGAUCACCAUCCAGAGGUUCCUGGAGGCGGCGGCCCGGCAGGAGACGAGCGGAAAGGUCCGGAUCCAGCGCUUCAUCGAAAACCUGCUGGGCCGCAUCGCCCUGGCUGAGAAGCUGGUGGAGUUCUACCAGGAGAACGGCAGCCCGGCCCAGUGGAACCGCCACAAGCAGCACAACCAGCAGCAGCAGACUGAUACCGGCCGUCACAGAAUCAGUAAAAGCAGGUCUGCAGGAGGCCAGCUGGUCUCCUCCGGUCUCCAUGAGAACCGGACUCAGUCCUCCUCCCAGGGCGGCGCUGGUCCUCGGUUCUCCGAAGCGGAACUGGACCGGGAACGGGAGCGGCAGGAACGUCUGGCUCGGUCCUCCAGGCUGUUCUGCCGGCCCGAGCACAGAGACGACAUCUGGAACCACCAGCGGCGCCGGUCCACCGGGUACGAGGCCUAGAACCGCAGACGGCUCAGAGAGAAGAGGUGUGGACUCUGAAACCCGGCGGGUUUACUCCAGUACCUCAUUUGGACCGACUUCUUCCGUUUCUGUCUGGAACCUUGUAAAUAAAACCUGAUCAGAACCGUUAGGUUCAUCCUUACCUGGGUCAUAUUUCUGCCGGUACCUUUUAGUUCUGGACAUUUGUUUAGAUCCGGUUCAAGUUAAAGAGGACCAGAAAAGAACCCAGUUGAGACCAUAAUGUCCCUCAGAACCAACAGAACCCACUACUGGACCGUGAUGGUACCGUGCAGGGUUAUAGUACCUGCUGGGUUCUGUGUUGGUACUGUUCUGGAUUAUAACGCCGGAUCAAACCCAUCCUAGAUGUCAUUAACAGAAUUUACCGGGCCUGCGGAUCCAAGGCCCGGUUUAGUUCUGCAAGUCCAACUCAGAGUUGUUUUAAGGCUCGGCACGGUGCCAGCUACUCCAUGAAGAACCAACAGAACUUCCAGAUAAAAUCAUCAGACAGCAAGAACUGCAUCCACUGUUCAGAACCUAAUCGGACCCUCCUGCAGCCCAGAACCUUGUUACUGAUCCAGAUGUACCACAUGAAGGCAGUCCUGGUCCUGCAGGAACAUUUGGACCCUCGUCUGGAGGAAACCACAGCUUCUGAAUGUUCUGACUUCAAGCCGGACCCAGAACAGAAACGGGUCGAGUUGACCCAAACUGAUCUCCAGUCAUCCCAGCGGCUCCUUCCUCUCGCUGCCUCCUGCGAUUUUGGUUCUGAUCCGGAUGGGAAAGCUGACGGUGUCCGGUGGAAAUGGGUCUGGGUCGUUCUCGGGUUGGUUUGUGUUAAAAUCUGUUCUGAGCGAGGUUCUGGCCGGUUGGUCCAGUAGAUGUAGAGUUCAGGGUCUAGAACCGACUGCAGGACGGUUUCAGAACCUCCAGGAGGUCCAGAUAGCUGUAGAACGAGCUGAGUCAGCAACAAGGAGGAGAAGAAGAGGCUGGACGGAGACCGCCUCCUGAUGAUGAUGGUGAUGAUGAUGAUGACGAUGAUGAUAACGAUGAUGAUGACGAUGAUAACAAUGAUGAUGAUGUUGAUAACAACAAUAGUGACGAUGAUGAUGAUUUUGUCUCUGUGGGAAUCAAACCAACAACCCCUCAGCUGUUUUGGACCAUCGUCAGCAGGCUGGUUCUGGAUCCUUCAUCUCCUGCCUUUACUUCCUGAAACAGAACCGGUCCACCAUGUCUGUUCUAGUUGGUACUGGUGGACCAGGCAAACUGGACCUGGUCCAUUUUAGGUGUCGAUGGACCCGUCAGGAUUUUACUGCCUGACCCGGAUCCGUCUUUAUAUGUGUGGAAAGUUCGUUUUCAUUCAACUAAUAAAUGUGACAAAGAUGUUCUGCAGGUUCCCUGGUGGACAAGCUGGACCAGAACCCGGCAGGAGCUGAAGGAAUUAUUCCUGCUCUGGGUUCUACUGGGUUCUAAGCACAGAAUGGGCCUCAUCGCUGCUAGCAGUGGUCUCAGGGUCCAGUCCUGCAGGUCCAGGUCCAGUCCUCCAGGACCGGCAUCCUGCAGCUUUUACCUGUGUCUCUGGUUCCACACAUCUGGUUCUGUUAUCAGCUCAUCAGUUCUGUAGAGCUGGACCGGAGGCUGGUGAGCGGGUCCGCCGCCUGGUUCUGGUGUGUCGGGCUGGGGGCACGUCUGGAGCUGCAGAACCUGAACCCUGGAGGACUGGAGUCUGAGACGACUGAUUCAUUCUUCCACCAGGACAGAGUCAGAACCGGCUGCUGAGCGCGGUACCGGACCACAGGGAAGCGUUUAGCUCUGGUUCUGUUGGGUUCCUGCAGGUUCUGUAUUUCUGGCAUUAAAGGUUCUGUUUCCAGUCAAAUAAAAGCGACUAACAUCGGCUGUAGAAUCAGAGAAGUGGUGAACAUGUGACUCCUCCCACAGGCUUCGUGGUGACCUCUGACCUCUGACCCGGUGUCGGCUCUUCCAGGUUGUAGUUCUAGACGAAGCUGUGGAGCGUUAGCUGGAUGCUAGAACCCUGUAGCUGUUCCUGUUCUUCCAGCUGUGUGUGAAGCACGCCUGUAGCUGCAGACGGUACAUUUAUCCAGCUGUGACCCGCUGAGUGGACCUCAGAAGUUCUGCUGGGUCUGAUGGACCGCUGAACUCGACCCAGAGAGCGCCCUCUGCUGGACGGGGCUGAUGAUCAGCUAAAGGCCUCUGAGGGACGGGGUGCUCCUCUCUGGGCUGUUUCUCCUCGGCCCGGUCCGUUCUGGGUUCCUGACGGUCCGGCUGGACAGAACCGUCUGUAGUUCGGUGCCUUGGCUCCAGAACUCUGUAGUCUGUGAAAGUCCAUCGUGUGAAGUUCUGGUACCGUCUGGAAACCUGUCAGUGUGUCCAGGUGUGAACAUUAAAGAACAUGAGACCAACUACA